CCAUGAAUUUACGGCCGUUUCUCGCCCCCGCAGUGUCUCGGCCCGCCAUGGCCGAGGAGGCCGCCGCGUUGCGCUUCAGCGAGGACGACUUCUACUGCCCCGUGUGCCAGGAGGUGUUCAAAACGCCCGUGAGGACGGCCAACUGCCAGCACGUGUUUUGCAGGAAGUGCUUCUUGACAGCUAUCAGAGAAAGUGGAACACAUUGUCCUCUCUGCCGGGGGAGUGUGACUAAAAAGGAAAGAUCAUAUCCCAAAAGGGCUCUAGAUGUUGAAAACAAUAUGAAGAAAGCUUCGGGGGGAUGUAGAUGCUGUGAAAAGCAGGUUAGAUUUUCAUGGAUGAGGCAGCAUUAUAAAACAUGUAAGAAGUAUCAGGAUGAAUACGGUGUUUCUUCUAUUAUACCAAACUUACAGAUUUCACAAGAUUCAUCAGGGAACAGUAACAGGAGUGAUACAGUAUCUGAUAAUGGAGAGGGGGCAAACGAUCAGAUGCUUCAAGGAGAUACAAGUGGACAUCCAACGUUCAAAUGCCCCUUGUGUCAGGAAGCCAAUUUUACCAGACAACGCUUGCUGGACCACUGUAAUAAUAGACACCUUUAUCAGAUAGUUCCUGUAAUCUGUCCUAUUUGUGUAUCUCUUCCCUGGGCAGAUGCUAACCAGGUUACUAGAAAUCUUGUCAGCCAUCUAAAUCUAAGACAUCAAUUUGACUACGGAGAAUUUGUGAAUCUUCAACUUGAUGAAGAAGCCCAGUACCAAAAUGCGGUUCAGGAAUCCUGUCAUGUGAACUUUUGAAAUGUAGAUUCCCUUCAACCUACUGAUUAUCUGAGGGGGAAAAACUACAUGAAUUCUGUUGGUAAUAUGAAAUGUAUAUUAAUAAAAAUGGAAUUCAGUAAGUAGUUUUCAGGUUUAAUUUUUCCCCACUAAUAAGGAAUUUUCUUAAGUAUUUUAUCUCAUGUUUUUACUGCGAUCUGUCCUUGUAGUAAUAGGGACCUUUUUGAAACUUCACAGUCUUGAUUGUCUUUAACUUUUACUACUCUAUUAUUAGUUAUAUAAUUUCUUUUUUAUUAAUGCCAGAUAUUUCAGUUCAGCAAUGACAACUUUGAAAAUAUCUUUAGAAGUUGAUACAAAGAUGCUCUAUUACACUAUUUAAAUUUCCGUUUGCUAAGAUAGCCCUGAGAUGGUGAUUUUUUUUUGAAUCAUUACUGUGUGAAUGAAAGUAAAUGGAUCCAGCUUCUAAAAUCAUAAUAUUUGUUUUCUAUAGCUCAGUAGUUCUGAAUAGGACACUUGCAUGCUAAAUGAGUGAAUGAGAAGUUUCCCUGUGCUCCCAACUCUCAAAGAAGAGAAUUGUCCUGACUUAACUUCGUUCUGAACAAGUCAAAUGACAUGCAAAUAUAGAAAUAUAUAACAUUCUUUGUUUCAGUAAGACUGUUUGAAACAUGGACAACUACUGCAUCUAAAGGCCUGAAAAAACAGCUGAACAGAAAAACUUACCUUAAAAUGUUUAACUUCAUAUUUUGG